AUGAAAAGGAAGGUUAGAGUUUCAUACUCAGAUCCUGAUGCCACCGAUUCUUCAUCAAAUGAAGGUGGUGAUGGACCAGAAAAAUCGAAGAGGUUGGUUCAUGAGAUUCUAGGAAAAAAUCUUGACGAGAAGGGUUCCGGAAAAAUUCGUCCACGAAUCAAGAAAUUCAAUUCGAGGGUUCUUGAUCAGAAUGGAAUGGGAAAAUUAAUUGGGGUGCGGAAGAGAAAAUCAGGCAAAUACAGUGCUGAAAUCAGAGAUCCUUUCAAGAAGAAACGGGUUUGGUUGGGGACUUACAACACCGUUGAAGAGGCCUCUGAGGUUUACCUGGCCAAGAAGCGUGAAUUUGAGGAAAAACAGAGUGCUGGAUGGGGAAUUGAUUGUGGUCCUUGUGAUAAUUCCUCCGAAGAUUCUUCACCUUCGGUCAAUGAAUUUGAUACCCUGGAUUCUCCGAAAGAAGUAAGCUCGACAGAAAGGGAAGUUUUUGAGGAAAACAAGGCUGCUUCAAACGAGGGACAGAAUUUUUCACUUCCAGACCCGUCAGGCAAGUUUGGGAUGCUGUUUGGUGUGCAAAUUAUUGACAACCACGGAUUUCUCUUGGGCGAAUUCAGCAAGUUAGACGACUUCAGCAUUCGUGAAUCGGAAUAA